AUCACCUUCUCAACCAAUCCAUAUACGCCCGCCCACCUAGCUGAGCAACAAGUUCUCUCUUUCCGUGGUUCUUUUUAGACAUGGAGAGAUUUAGAUUUGGAGGAGCAGGAGGAGAAGCAGAAAGCAUCAGCAACAUGGCUAACGUGCUGAUGAUGCUCUCGAGAGGCGGCGGCGAGGGGACCGCCCGCCUGGCCCAGACUUCACCGGGCCGGGUUUUCGAGUGCAAGACGUGCAACCGCCAGUUCUCUUCGUUUCAGGCGCUUGGGGGCCACAGGGCGAGCCACAAGAAACCGAGGCUCACGGCCGACGGCCACCUGCGGGGCGGGCUCGCGAAGCCAAGGGCCCAUGAGUGCUCGAUAUGCGGGCUCGAAUUCGCCAUCGGCCAGGCCUUGGGAGGCCACAUGCGGCGGCACCGGCCGGCGAACCGAGGGGCCGGGCAUGGCCUUAUGGAGGAGCAGGCGAGGGUGCUGUCUUUGGAUUUGAACUUGCCGCCGUCGGAGAAUGAUAUCGAGUGCCGGAAGAUAGUUUUGGAAUUGAGACUGUAGAUAGCUUUUAACUAACAAUCAGAGUUUCCUGUCUGAAACUCCAUUUUUUUUAAAAAAAAAGCUGUGUGGUGUAAUCUUGUGCAGCAAAUGGUAUUUUAGUCUUAUGGGGAAUUAGGAAAGCUAAAUUUAGCUGCACCAUUUUUUGUUGCUGUAAAGUUUCGCCAUGCUUGGUGAAAAGUUACAUUUUGUUGAUAUAUAUAUAGAAGUCGGAGUUUCGCCAU